AUGAGUGGAGGUCGCUUUGAGUUCGAUGACGGCGGCGCGUACUGUGGUGGCUGGGAGGGGGGCAAGGCGCACGGCCACGGUAUCUGCACCGGCCCAAAAGGCCAGGGCGAGUUUUCCGGAUCUUGGAACUAUGGCUUUGAGGUGGUGGGGGUCUACACAUGGCCCAGUGGCAACACCUACGAGGGCUACUGGUCGCAGGGCAAACGUCACGGACUGGGGGUCGAAAGCAAAGGUCACUGGAUCUACAGAGGGGAAUGGACGCAUGGUUUUAAGGGGCGCUACGGCAUCCGACUCAGCGUCGGCAGUGGCGCCAAAUACGAGGGGACUUGGAACAACGGACUCCAGGACGGCUAUGGAACUGAAACCUACGCUGAUGGAGGUACUUUCCAGGGUCAAUUUACAGGCGGCAUGCGACACGGCUACGGGGUCCGUCAGAGCGUGCCCUAUGGCAUGGCAGCAGUGGUCCGUUCGCCUCUCCGGACUUCCCUGACCUCCCUACGCAGCGAGCACAGCAAUGGCACAGUUCUGCAACAAGAUAUCCCCACCAUCACCACCACAAGUGUGUCUGGUGAGGAGACUCCUGUUGCCAACCCUGCCCAACUGGGACCAUCGCGGGGAGGCUUCGCCCUCACUCUCCAGGUGGACCCUGACGCUGUGAGACCCAAGAAGAAAGGUUUAUUUCGCAGGAGUGCUCUGCUGGGAAAACUCAAGAAAUCCGAUUCAAGCACUUCGCUUUCCAGUCAGAAGAGCAAGAUAAGUUUCCUGAGGACGGAAUCGGCUUUGAGCUCCAAUGCCAGCGACACCAACUCCACCAUCAGCAUGGGGGACGAGAGCCUGGCCGGAGCAGAAGACUUCCCCCCUGUGGAGGCGGACAUCGAUGCAACCACCACAGAAAUCUACAUGGGCGAAUGGAAGAAUGACAAGCGCUCAGGAUAUGGAAUAAGCGAAAGAUCUAGCGGUCUCAAGUAUGAGGGUGAAUGGCUCAACAACCAAAGACAUGGCUACGGUUGCACCACCUUUGCCGAGGGUGGCAAAGAAGAGGGCAAGUACAUGAAUAACAUGCUGGUGAAGGCUGUGAAGAAGAGAGUGAUCCAACUCAAGGGAACCAAGAUCAAACAGAAAGUGGAGCGGGCCGUGGAGGGCGCACAGCGGGCCGCCGCCAUAGGCAAGCAGAAAGCAGAAAUUGCUGCUUCAAGGUCCACCCAUGCCAAGGCCAAAGCAGAAGGAGCUGAUCAGGCUGCCCAGGCCUCCAACAGCGAGUCCUGCAUCGCAAGGCUGGUUGCCAAAGAGCUUUCACCUUCCUUCUACCAGCCAGGUCCAGAGUAUCUGAAGAAGAGAGCAAUGCCGGAAGUUGGAGAGGGAAGUGAGAACACAGAUAUAGUCAUGCAUGAGCCACUUUUGGCUGAGGAGGAGCCUGCGCCGACACCCCCCGAAAGCCCGCUUGUGAAUGAACUCGACCGCCUAAUGCCUGGAUCCUCCCCUGGCCGCACCCCCUCCCCCACUCCAGGGAUCUUCAUCAAAGAAGACCCAAAGCUCCUCGGUCCUAACAACUGGAAUGAUGAAAAAACAAGUAAAGCCAGCGGAAGUAAAGGUAGCAGUAAACCCAACAGCAGGCCUGGUAGUCGCCCCACUACACCUUCACUCCCUGUUCCUGUUCCAACUGUACCAGAGAGCACCAGUGGUCGCAACCUGUCCAGAACACCAAGUCACCAUAGUGCCAAGAAUGAACAGGGGUCCGAUUUGGAAAUUAAACCUUUGCAGAAAUUUGAUCCAGAGGUGAAUAUUCCGGACAGUGCGUCCACAUCCCAAUCAGCAAGAAAUAGCUUUGUUGGUCCAGAUGAGGAGGAAAAGCUGCGCUCCAGCACCAAAGUGGCCCCUGGAGCAGUCACUGAUUGGAAAGCCAAUGAUCUCAAGCCUGUAAGAGCUCCGUCACUCCGCGAUCAAGAGCAGUCGUGGGAAACGAACAGGCUUUCCGUCAAAGCGGAACCCAAGGCCGCAGCCAAACGGCAACCUUCUCCUACACCAUCCCCAAAGCCUGCACUCAACCAUGAACCUAAGACAGUAGCCAAGCCUGUAGAAGCCAAAAGCAACAAUGCCAAACCUGCCUUGAAAGUCGAUUCCAAAACUGAAGCCCGACUGAAGGUGCCAAUGAUGAAUUCAAACAAUGAAGUGACUGCAGAGUCUUCGGAGCAGGAGAGCCCCAACACCAUCAUGAUCUGCAUGGUCAUCCUGCUCAACAUUGGUUUGGCCAUUCUCUUCGUGCACAUUUUGUCGUGA